UUCUACUUUAGCCUGAAAAUGGAUCAAUUUAUUAAUACUCCAGGGCCCUCCGGUACCUCUCAGGCUCUCGAUCUCACCGAAUCACAGCCCCUUGAUCUUACCUCUGGUUCUCUAGCCCCUAAACAGCCCAAAAAGAGACGAAGAGGCAUGACAGAAGCUGAUUGCCGAGUACUACGGAGGUACAAGUAAUCCCAUCCUAAAGCUAUGCAUACUAAUCUUAUUAAGUGGUUCCAGGACGAGUUCCACUACAAAAUCAACUAAUCUACUGUUUCCUUUAGCCUUAGUACUCAAUUCGAUUACCUUAAUACCAAUAUACGAAAAGAUACAAGCCUUACGGGUCAACGUUUGAGCCAAUCUGAUUGGCCUGAUCUUGAAUUAGUACUCUUUGAAUAGCAGCAGAAGAUACAGUAGCAAAAAGCGAUAAUUACAGGCGAUAUUCUCAAGUAAAAGGCAUAUGAAAUCUG